AUGGUGGGUUAUGUCGGAGGCGAGUUUCGAGACGGAUUUAGCCAAGAAGACUUGGAACAUAGUGAAGCUGUCCGAUUUAUGCAAUCACAGGUUUCUACCCUUGAAGAGAAGCGAAUAAGAGUGGCUUUUGGGCCCGUAGAAGAUGUUGCUGGCCUUUUCUUGCUUCCACUUUACACUAAAUCUAUCAAGAAAGGGUUUGGAUUCCCCGAUACCGAAACUGCUGGUGCUUUUGAAUAUUUUAAGCGAGCUGCACAGUAUUGCCACUAUUCCUCACCCGAGGAUUGUUUUCGUUCAAAGCUUAGAAGUCUUUCGGGCCGUGACAUUACAAAAGCUCGUGACACUGUAUCAAAUGAAAUAGAUUGGUCCAUUGACGAGGUGGAGAUUGAAUUCCACAAGUGCCCAUUUCCGCCCGAUCCACCAAACUGGCCUGCUGCUUCAGGGUUUGGCAGCAUUCUGGAAUGCCGUGUCAUUCCAGAAAUGUGGGAGCAAGCAACUUGGGUGAUCAAAGCAUAUCAAGAUUGUGAAACCUGGAAGAAAACUGCAGCAAAAAAAUUGACAACCCCAGACAACUAUGAGCGAUUCAGUGGCAUGGCCAAGCAACAAGCAUUGUGGUACAUCUGGAAAGGAGAACUAGAAAAAGCUGCUGUUAUGGUUCAUUCUUGGCGUAGACUUGAAGAUGACUGGAAAAAAGGAAAUGUUCUUGAUACAAAAAAUCCAGCGAUUGAGGUUAUUUUGAAUACAACACAUAAUGAUCUGUCAAAUGCAGGUUUAUAUCAUGGAUAUAGUAAACCAGAUGCCAGAUUAUUGCGUGAAAGUAAGUGUGAUGUUUGCUCAAGUCCUGGAUACGAGAUAAAUCUUGACGCUAUUAGAGAUCGUUAUGGAAGGACAUGCGUUGAUAGAGAGGGUAAAGCUGAACUUGGUGCAGAAGAAGUGCGCGACAACAUGGUUAAAUUGCUGUUUGCUAUUUUCACAUUUGGCAGUAACCAUGAUUUUGAGACCUCAGCGACACAUUGUUUUAAGGAAGCUCUUCAUGUAUUUUUGGCGCAUUCUUUUAAUAACUUCUACUGGAGAAUUAAGCCAACAAAACCCAUGAAGGAUGCGACAGAAGCUGAAGCCAUUCCAGGCAUUGUCAAGCUGUUAUCUGAUAAAGCCAAAAGGGAAUUAGAUCUCUCUACAUUUCCUAGUUCCUGUGAAUCUAUUUUGAAAGCAGCCAUGUUACGGCACUGCAGCAGUAAAUUGGGAGAAGAUCAAAUCAGUAGUGUCUGUUGCCAGUUUGGUUCCAGAGUUGGCCUUAUUGUUUUUGAGUUUCACAAAAUGUCAGCAGAAGAGACAAAUGAUAAAGCAGAUGGUGGUAAAAAUCCAAAAGAUGUGGGUGUUGACCUUUUAUCAAAGACCAUGGUACCUUCUUUUGCAUCAGAGUUCCAAGGCAAAUGGACUUUACUUCCCGAAGCAAAAAGACAGAAAAUUUUGACGACAGAUUCGAAAGCAUUGAUCAAAACAUGCAAUCGGACCUUUGAAAAGGUGAAAAAGUUGUAUACUCGCCAAAUGAAAAACUGUCUAAACCAAGACGCCGAAGAUAAAACAGUAGCUCAGAGCAAUUUGACAUCAGAAGAUAGCUGUGGUAAGGAAAAACACCCUGGCAGUGCCGAGAACUGUUCUGAGCCAGCUGUGGAAUCUAAACAAAACAGUGAGAAUGAUCAUAUUCCAGAGGUUUGUUCUGAUGAUUUUUGUCCUUGCAAAGAUCCUGAAAAGUUUUACAAGCAUUUUGUUGCUAUUUUGUCCAGUGACAAGAAUCCUGUGCCAUUCUAUAAGUGCUCUCCAACUGGGGAUGUAAUCUUGAAUGAAGAGAUGUGUUUGGACCAAGAUGGGAACAAUACUGAGCGCAUGCUUGCCUUGGAUUUUGAAUAUGUUAACACCAAAAUGAGUUCAAUUAACUUGGAAGAGUUUUCCUCCUGUCCACGAUUGGCACUGCUGUGUGACAAGGCCUGUCAAGAUAUCUAUCCAUUGAUGAUAAUGAGUUUGUGCCAAGGGUUUGUUGAAUUACAAAAGAAAGACAAUUCAAAAGCUGAUUUUCAAAUUUGUCCAACUUGUGGGCAAAAAGAGUUAAAGCCUGGAGAAUUCAAGAGGUGCGGGGGAUGUAAAAAUGUUUACUACUGUAGCAGAAAGUGCCAAGUUCAAGACUGGAAAGCAGGUCACAAGCAACAAUGUGGUUCCACUGCAAAACAGGCAUGAGGUUUAAUAGUUAAACAACUAAAUUCUUUAUAACCAUUGUAUGUAUUGAGUAUAGGCUUGAUUACCAUUGGCUGUUUGGGAAAAUGACUCAUCCCCCAAGAGUCUGUCUUAGGAGAGUAUCUUUGGAAAUCAAGCCUUUUGAUAAUUAGUAUUUUAAGCAGAGUGUUGAAACUGUGAAUUGCUUUAGUCACAGUGAAGUGCAGUUAAGACCAUCCAUGGCCAAAUGUAAAAAUGACUUUGCUGUUUUUCAUUUAUUCUGGUUUUUUAAUGAUAAGGCCAUAUUGAAGAAGGUGCUGAUUGUGACAAGUUGUUAAAUGCAACUUAAUCUAAGUCUGAGUGACCAUGUUGCAGCAAUCAGGCCAGAUGAGUGGCUAAAAAUCUACCUCUGCUUCUCAGCUCAUCAGAUGUAAAACCUAAAGAAUGAGUACUAAUGCUCUGUACUUGCAGCUGCACUUAGCAACAAAAUUGUUGAGACUACUCAAACAGUGACUUCAGACAACAAAACACACCACACCCUCACCCCAUUCAAAGUUGGAGUGUUUCCCACAGGUAGCUCUAUGAACUAGACAACCGUGACACAGUCACUUGAAUAUAGGGAUAACCUGUUGAUCGUCCUUCAAAAAUCGUAACAGCUGCAUGUAAACGUAGUAUGGUAGUAGUCUAUAUUGCUACUAUGUUUAUGAAGAGGCUGUGGAAUUCUCUAUUGCAGUUUGCCACAGUCUAUUUUGUGUAAUAGCCAAGUGCCUGGCCAUCCAACCAUGUCAUUAGUUUCCCUGCGAUACAGAGGUAACCUUAAAAUGUUCCAGUUAUUGUGUGGGCUGGAGGUGAGAACUAUUCGUCACAGGAUCACUUAAGCAUACUUCAAGCCUGUGACCAUGCCUUCCCCACCCCCACCCCUACCCCUGACUCAGAGUUCAGUUUAUUGUUUUGCCUUAAGUUGUACAAAAGCAAGAGAAAACUCUCAUGGCGAGGAAGCCCAAGGGAAGCCACCGGGCUUAUAAGGAAUGGGCUCCCUCAGUUAAAUAAUUAGAACAAAAUAUUAUCAUAUUUACACAUGGAAUCAAUGGCAGAGCUACAGUGCAUCUUAAAAUAUAUUAGAUAGUCGUACUAAUCGUAGUUAGGCUAAAAAAAGUAAAAUUAAAAAAAAAAUUAAAAUGAAAAAGCAAAGGUAAAGGAAAAAAAAAUUAAGGAAUAUUUAUGAGCUCUCUCACAAGCUUGCUGGUUUCAAAAUAGUUAGUGGAGAAGACCAGUUUUGUAAGGCAACAAACAUCAAAGAUAAAAAGUGCUGCAGUUUGUGUUGAGAACUCCCUGAGGGUGCACAAUCCUUUUUUUUAUUCACAAAUUUUGACCGACUAAAUAAAUUCGUCUUUUAUUGGUUAGUAAGGUCAAAAUGAUAGAAACACUGUUGACCAUUGUCCACCAUCACGUCCACAAAUGCAUAGCAAGAAGCCUGAUGGACUUCAGAAUCAUUCAAUUCUAUUAACCAUAGUUUCAAUAUUAUUUUAACUGGCCAUUGAAGACCAUGCAGGCCAGUUUAGUUUAGUUUGUCAUUGAUUUCUCAGUACAAACUAGACAGUUUCAGUACUUUUAAGUUUUGACUCAUGUCACUUAGGUGUUCAUAAGACUUUUACAGGGCUGUCACUAAAGGCCUGGUGCAUGGAAUUUCCCCUGGGUACCAUGAGCAUGACCCCUAGCUGCGUCAAGAGCGGAAACAAAAAGGAAAAUAACAUAAAGAACUUCCUAGCCAUUCAAAUUCCUGCCCUCUUAUUGCAUAUACUCGGAACUUGUACUCUUAGUGACAGCCUUGCCCUAUAAUAGUCCUGUUUGCAGCUGAUAGGGUCAGAGUCAUGCAUUGCUCCCUGCCUCCAGGAGACUAUACCCUAAAAAAAGGGUCCUAUAUACCUACUGUAAUGAUUUGAAAUAUACCCCUUUCACUCAAAAGAGUAGCCUUAAAUCAAAAUUUAUGGAAAAACGGCUUUAUUUGGUAAAUGCCAAAAAGCAAAUAGUACCCUAGAAGUGCUAUCAUCAUUGAAACAGUUUAACUAGAGAUUUCAUCUAUGGCUUCUACCGACCAUAUUUUAGCUGUUCAUGUUUACUGUUAUUUCUGUGAAGGUCUGUUGAUAACUGAAAGAAACAAAAGAAAAGAAAGAGACAAAACAUAGCUUUUGGCGGGAUAGAAAGGGGCAAUAUCAGAAGAUAAGUGGGUAUUACAAGGUAAUAUAAUUGUUUUAAUAUUGUACUGUUUCCUGUACGAAAGUUGGAGUGUCUAUUAUUAUCUUAUUUCUUAUCUUGUUGUAUCAAGUAACCUUUUUGCAUUAUAUGGCAUUGAUAUUGAUAAAUGUUUGAUAAACUGUAGUAUUGCAUGUUAGAAACAUAUACUGUAAAUCCUCUAUUAAGCCCCCUCCCUCUGAUAACGUCCCCCCCCUUUUCAGGGGAAGAAAGUUAAUAAGCUCCCCCCUCUCUCACUAAUAUAUGACAGACUGUAUAAAUCAAUCAAGACUGUGAAACUUCAUGUGGACUGAUCCGGGAUGGUUUAUUUACCAGCUGGAAGUUCAGAUUUGAUUCUGAUCCUCUGCCGCAUGACCUCCAACCUUCUUGUACUUGAGCUUUUGCACUUUGUAUUGUAGUUCAUUAUGGAGAAAUGAUACCAUCGUCUUUUCUUAAGUAAAUAAGCACCCCCUCUGAAAUAGGCUCCCCCUCAAAUGGGCUUGAAAUGAAUAAGCCCCUGGGGGGCUUGAUAGAAGAUUUACAGUAUUUAGCUUAGUAUGUUUUGAGAAACACCAACAUUUUGGUGUAAUGAAGUAGUUAUGAAAGUGACAGCAUUUUAGAAGACUUAAAGCAGUUUUAUGAUACCAUAUUUUAAAUUUUGUUAGUACUUAGGGUCUGCAAUGUUGACAGGUUAAGAGACCUUAAAAUUAGUUAUGUGUGGUGCUUAUUAGGUUUACUUUUUCAGUAAAUUGUAACUUGCUCGGCUUUCUUUAAUCUGGAAAAAUAUAAUGUAACUUAAUAGUAUGUAUGAAAAUGUGUGGCUGUCUAAUUUCAUUUAUUAUGGUGUGAGAGCAAGCUCUACAUAUUGACUAUAGUCUAAAGAGGUCGCGCGUGAGUUAGCCGCUCCUGUGUAACUCAUUGCCUAUCCCGUGGGAGGGGGUGGGGUACUCCCUUAUAUGGCCUUUAUAGGGAUGUGCCACUGGUUUGACUUCUCUGUCCUAAACAGGGUAUAUAAUUUUGUUUGAGUCUGUCAACACAGGGGCAGAUCUAGGGGGAGGGUGCAGGGGGUGUGCCCCCCCGCCCCCCCGAGAUGACCUGCAGUUUUCUGAUACAACCGGUAUUCUGCCCAAAAAAAAAAAAAAGUGGUUUAUUGGUGUUAAAGUAGAGCAAGAGACGAGUGCACCCCCUCCUAAAAAAAAUCCUGGAUCUGCCCCUGCAACAGUGUAUUGCCUGAAUGAUUGAUUUGAUUUGCUUGAUUAAUUUUGUUUGUGCUCCAGGUAUACAAGAGCAAUGACUUAAAUAUUGAAAGUGAAUUCGUCCUAUAGCGAUUGCCAGGAAAUGGCUUUUAUAUGAGACGGCAUGCAUUUUGUGCCUUGUCCUAGACAUCGUAAUAGAAUUGAGAGAGUUGUCCUAAACAGGGCAUGUAUUUAAGGAAUUUUUUGUGCUAAACAGGGUAAGGGACUCUCAGUGGCUCACCUGUACCCAAAAGUUGGUCAAGUGCUUCUCCCCUCCGAGGGCCUAUCGCAAUUCCCAAUUAAUGGAGAAUUUGCCCCAAUUUGCUCGAACCCAGGCUAAGUUUCAUAGUGACCUUAUACAUUGUCAGGGACUUUUAUUAUACUACAAUAUUGACAGCAGCGAAAACGACACUUAAUAAAGAUAAUUCACAUUCUUUCAAAUUCCAUUUUGGUUUUCCUAUGUUGCUCACUUUUUCAAAAUGUAGUAGGUGCUCCUAAGAAAUAUCCGUCAUGUGAUCAAGUCAACCUCUCCAUAAAAACAGGGGUCUUACUAUGUAGUUAUUGAAACGUCAUUGAAAAGGGUGACUUUAUGUCCUUUUUUAUAUCUUAUUCUAGAGGAUUUUUUAUCAGUAGUUUUUAUUUGUAAGCUGGUCCUUGCUUCAAAAAUUGAGUAUACUGUAUUUUAAAGUACCUCCCUGAAAACCACUAUUAAUUGUGAUGGAGACCUCCUCCAUUCAAAAUAAGCAUGUUUGUUGUUUCCUACAGGUAACUUGACCAGCGACACAGCAUUGAUUAGAGGGGUUGGGCAAGCCAAAGCCUAAUUUUUCCUUUUCAAUGAGACACUAUCUGGAAAACGUGAGAAACCAGGGCCCGCAGAGCAGUUUUUAAAGUGUGGGCACCACCUAGUUUGAAUUAGGGGCGGGGGCAAAUUUGGCUGUUUACUCUUUGUGGCUGUUCAGAUUACUGAACCUUUCUUGAGUCAUUGUUGAGCGGAGACAUGUUUAUAAAAUUCAAGCUGCUGAAACAAGGCUCCGCCCAAGGGGGCAGAGCCCUGGGGACUAAGGCUCCACCUAAGGGGGGAGAGCCUUGGGGACUAAGAAGCAGUCAGAAAACCUUUCAUAGGGGAAGUUAAAGGCUGGUAGUGGGAAUGUUUGUUUAAGAAAAAAGCUUCUGACGAACAGCCUUGAGAGAUGAAAAAAAUUCAAUAACUGCUUCAUUAAGUUGACAUCAAAGUGUACCUUUUAUGAAUGAAUACUGUGAUGUAAGAAAACCAAGUUUUGCUUGCGUCAGUUACUGCUAGCCUGCAAAGCAGGCGUAUUUUGGAGCGCCAUCCAUGAAUUGUUUUCAGGAAUGACGUUGUCCCGCCAUCUUGGACGUUAAUACUACCAGAGAGUUGGCUCUUUUUCGUUGCUUUUCAAGAUGGCGGCCACGAUCAAUGUACCUCCGAGUUUUCGUUAAAAAACGCUUGCUCUGCAGGCUAGUUACUGUGGGCUCAACGUCCGUAUGGCAGGAGUACUUUUCUCCUGCUGAGCCUGAUAAUACAUGCAGGAUCCACCAGUAGAAGUGUUCAGAUUAUGAUAUUACACUUUAGGUUCCUGUAAUCCCUUCAUUAUGUCUAGUAUGUGAUCGAAAUGCGUCCCCCUCAUCAGGCGAUAUAAUUCGUUUUAAGAAACCAUAGUUCCGUGGAGUAGUCUUCAGAUUUAAUCAAGAACCUUCCUCAAAAAAAGACUCCAUUCUGCAUCGUUGCAUAUGCUACAGCCUUGCUGGUUUGAAAACGCAAAAGUCCAGGACUAAGUGCAGUUUUGUAAAGACGGGCGUUUUGAAGCUUACUACGCAUCAGAUCUAGGAUCGAAACGGAGCAAUGAUAAAUUUAGAUGACGAAAGAUUCUUAUUCCAACAAAGAUAUUAUGUAUAUGAACGUAUAAAUGUAUAUUACAGUGGAACCUCUAUAUAACGAAGUUCUCGCUCUAACGAACUCUUUUUUUAACUCCAGUAAUUAGGAGGGUCCACAAUAGGGUUUUCAAAUCUCGCCUUCCCGCUUGUUUUUUUCCUCUUAAUCCCGCUAUCCCGCCUUUUUUUACGUCCGAAUCCCGAUCCCGCGCCCUAUUUUUUUUUACGAGUUUCUUGCUUUCAUUAUACAAUGUUUAAGCUGACUAGCCUUCUUGCAACAAGGAGCUUUGAUGUUUAAGGUUCUUGACUUAGCCAUUAGCGACCGUAACUCUAUUUAUUUAUUUAUUUUUCUGAGCGCAUGGGUACAAAAAAGAAGGUUUUCUUCGAUCUGAGUUCUGGCCAUUUGGAAACAGCCAGUAGUGGGUAGAUGGAUGUUUCGAUUUCUUUCCUUUAAUUUUGUAUCUGUUUCAAGCGUUCAGAUAAGACCCAGGUAACUUGAAGGGGCGCAAAAUGAGACACGGAGCGUAAAGUGAAUGAAAAUUUCGCCAUCUCUCUCCCUGUUUCUUUUUUGAAAUGGCUAAAAGAUCUAGUAUUUAAAACAGUACUAGACCCUUUAGCCAAUUUUCCUGUUCCGUAAGUUUCUUAGUCUGAACGUCUUCCUUUCAACUUUUUCGCGAUUAGGUCAAUUCUUUCACCUAAUUUUGAGAUGAAUAGAGUACUAAAGUGAUGACGUCACAAAAACUUAAAGGUUGUUUCAUCCUAAAAAGAGGUCAGUAUUUCAAAGAAUAAAUAUAUUUCUAAGCUUUAUAAGCCUUAUCAGUGGAAGACAAGUGUUCUUCAUGAAAAAGAAGUUCAUGGCCUACUAUUAAUCAUGAGUUUGCUUUCCAGCUGUAUUCUGACUAGUGGUUAACAAUUAACCGUUUUACAUCACAUUUUUAAAAGCGUUGCAGUUCGCUUUUUCAAAGACCUGACUGAAAAUUACCUUAGGGAAUGGUACAUUUAUACCUGAAAAUAACAAAAGAACUUGCCGCUUUACUAUGAAAAUUGAUUUGAGAAAGUUAGAAACAGCGUUUCCACGCUGCUCCGCAAGCAAAUUUCCUUUCUCUGCUGACCUUUUCAUUCCCGCUUUUUAGCAUGUUUUAUACAGUUCUGGAAGAGGUUGAAUGGCUCUCGAUAAUGUGACGUCACAUAAUUCCACUAUGUUGGAACCGAUCACGUCAGCCAGUUUCCUAUCCAGUCUUUCUUUUAUCCAUGAUAACAUCCACCCUUAAAGGAGUCUUAACAGUCUUAAAAGAGGGUCUCAAUGGGGUGGUGGCUUUUACGGUUAUCGGCUAAAAUUUUGGCUCUUUUACGGCUAUCGGUUAAUUUUUUCCAGUUACGGUUAACAACUAAAUUAAAAAUUAAUUUCUUUUGUUUCAUGGAGUUAAAUAUUAAUAAACCUGUAUUUUUUGUUUCUUUAAAGCAAAAUAAAGGUCUUAGGAUCACCUCAGGAUGAAAUAAGCCAUUCUUUUGAAAAAUUUUAACAUUUGAUAGAUCAUACUUUGUAUAAAGUAUUCCACUUCUAAUAUUAUUUUACGCAUACAAAUGUCAAUAGUCAAAGUAAAAAUAAUCUUUAGCUAAUCUUUGUAAAACAGCAAAAGCAGACACGCAAACGCCCAACUCAAGGCCGGGGCGCGACAUUCAUUUAUAACAGAAAUGGCCGUUUUCACACUAGAGGCGGAUUAUUCGGGUUAGACGGGUUAUCCGUUUGAUAAUUCGUUUUAAUUUUGAAUCAGAACAAUACGCCUGGCUUUCUCCGUCAAGUUUGACGUAUAAUUUAAUUGAAGAUGGAUUAUCCAUUUCAGGUAGCCUGUGUACACCCGUCCCAUCCCCUCAGAAGGAGGAAGGGAGAUAGAGUGUUUGUGGGGGAGGGGUUGACUGUACACAGGCUAGUCUCUGAUGGAUAAUCUAUUUCUAGCUAGUCCAGUGUUUUUAAUGAUAGCGAAGGACUGUACGGAACGACUGUCUGCCGUUGCUUUGUCCGUAGGCCUCAUUAUUCCGCGCUGAUGCGUUUCGGGUCACGUGGUCCGAGCGAGUUUUCUUCUCAGAUACGCCACCGAAAUGCCUUGACCGAGAUUGCGUGGGAAGACGCCGUAGCGUCAGAGAAAAACAGGGAAUUGUUACAUGGAAUUGUUGUUUAUCGGCGACGUGUUUUACCAACAGUGACAUCUCUGCGUGUUGCUAGUAUUUUGAGGGCACGACCUCCUGAAAAUCUCAAAUAUUAAUCCCCGGCAAGAAGCCAGAUUUUCCCUAUGGAAAAAAUUAGUUCCCCGAGAGAACGGCGGCGAAAAUGGAGCCUUGGUCUAGGUCAACACCUAAAAGCUAGGCGCUUGGCCCAACGUGUGUACGCAAUCAAAGCAGCCGGGAAAUAAAAACGAAACCAUAAGUGAGUUUAGCACCUUCCUUAAAACUAACAAAUCUAGGGAACAAUUUCUUUUACGGUUAACUCUUUCUUACCAUAUUUACGGCUAACGGUUAAAAUUUUUCAAUCUUUACGGCUAUCGACUAAAUUUUUGGCUGUUUUACGCCUAUCGGUUAACCCCAUUGAGACCCUCUUAAAAGAAGCCUUAAGUCGAAAUGUCGUCCACGUGUCUUUCACGUUUGAAUGCCGCCUGCCCGCGGAAAAAAGGCGGGAAACAGUGCCAGAAGGCAUGCGCACUGGGCACAAGUGGCGAGCGCUACUAUGAACCAGUUCUAACCAGCUGAAACAAUGGCGGUUCCUGAUGGUUAUGAGUCCGGGAAUUAUGUUUCCCGUUAUUUAAAUUCAGAAAUUUUAUCUCAGUACAAGUACGGAGUGGCCUGUGUUUCUAAUAUAGACGGAAGGGGAAAUUUUAUGGUGAAUGCGAUCGUGAAAAGACCUCGAAAACACUCGAAACCCGUGUACGAAUUGGCUUGCAUACUUGGCUACAUCGGAGGCGAGAUACGAGAUGGUUUCUUCGGUUCUAAUCUCAGGGAAAGCGAAGUUAUUUCUGGGAUGAAAUUCAACAUUGAUUUCAUAGAUGAGAAGUAUAUUCGGAUGACCUUUGCGCCUGUGGAAGAGGUAGCGGCUCUCUGCGUGCUUCCACUGCAUAAGAAAUCAGUUGAGAAAGGCUUGGCCUUCCCGGAUAGAGACACCGCGAAUGCCUUCCAGUGUUUGAAGAAAGUAGCGCAGCAAUGUAAAUAUAAAUCUGUCGAAGACUUCUGGAGCAGUAUUUUCGAACACUCCAGCUCUCGCUCUCUCAAUUCUUCCAAGUUUCAAGGUUUUCGAGCAGAAUUACAAACCUGGUUGUUGGAAAAAGAAGAUCUGAUAUACCAUGGUUGUCCCCUACCCCCUCGCCCACCACAACAGAACCAGAGCACACCAACGAGUUUUUUGGAUUUUCUUCAGCAAAGAACCCAAAUACUUCUUGAAAAUGAGCAAGUUACAUCAUGGAAAAAGAUUGCUGCAAAAAAGAUCACUUCACCUCUUAAUUAUGAGCGAUUCUGUGGAAUGGCAGAAUAUCAAGCUUUAUGGUAUGCAUGGAUGGGUGACCUGGACCGAGCAAAUGUGAUGGUGGAUGCUCUAAAGAGUCUACAAGAUGAUCAGCAGAAAGAAAAACCUCUUAAUCCUGAAAACAUGGUUGUCAGUAUAAUUUUUGACAUAAGCUAUUGCAACCUGGUUAACGAUGGCGUGUACGAGGGAAGCAAUGUCGCAGAUGCUAGGUUGACACCUACAGAGAGAUGUGAUAUUUGUUUAAGCCAUGCAAAAAGAACAAACACUGCAUCAGCAAUGGACUCAAACCUGCUCACUUGUGUUGAUAGAGAUGGAACUGGUGAAUUUGGCUCAUCUCAAGUGAGAAAUGAUUUGGCAAAGCUGCUCUUUGCUGUGAAUAAGUUUGGUAUCGAUUUAACCAUGCGUUGUGCUGCUGAACAUCUCUUUACCAAAGCUAUAGAUACUUUCCUUGCACAUUCAUUUGAGAAUUUGUUUUGGAAAAUAAAGCCAACAAAUGUGAUGGCAGAUGCCACCAAAUCUGAUUUUCAGAAAUAG